UUGAGCUAUUGUUUAUGGUGGUCGCAUACAAUACAACAUUCAUGACUGGACGCUCAUCUGGGGGAGUCUCAAAAUGACCACGAACUGACCAGCGCCUCAGUCGGACCCCCCGCCCCUAUUCCUCAAAACAAAAUCUAUUUUUAGUCAACAAUGAACCAAUAGACGAAGCGGAGAGAAGAGCGCGCACCAGGCGAAUUUUCUCUAUGGUAUAUCCAGCUCACUGGAUAGGAUGCCAGGAGCAUCAAGGCGAUUUAACUUGUCAAAAUUUGUCCGAUGAAUUGAGUUCAGCGCGGACAGCGAGUGAUAAUCAGUGUCCAACAGAAUGGCUCGUCGUUUGGACAUGUGCUCGUGUGGAGAGGUAGACGCUGUACGGUGAAAGUACUGUCAAGCAGUGUACAGAGUUCAGCCACAACACUUCACGCUGACCCCCGUCCCCCACCGGCCGGGCACACUGGUACUGGACAGUAACCUGCGCCCUCGUUAUAAGGCGACAGGCGCAUUUGGGACUAUCUCGGGUAUCUAGGAAGGGUUCUCUAGGUGGAUAUAUCCAUGGAACCUUGUCAAGAUGGUCUACAUUGUCUUGUGCACUUUACUCGUUCUAUCUUCGCUUUCCAUGGCAAGACAACUAGAAGCCAGCACGAGGAAAAAGCCAAAGUGUGAUAGCGACUCCUCGAAGGAUCAAAGUCAGCUAAACUCGUUUUUGUGGACAAUACACCGCGACCCACCGUCGUAUUUCUUCGGGACAAUUCACGUGCCCUACACAAGAGUGUGGGAUUACAUUCCCCAGAACACCAAACAUGCAUUUCGUCAAGCCGGUAACGUUUUCUUCGAGUUGGACCUGACAGAUCCUUACACCAUCACGUCCCUUGCAAACUGCCAGUUGCUGCCUCACGGGGCCAAUCUCUCGGACGUGCUACCCAGGGACAUAUACAUCCGUCUGAAGGAACAUUUAGAGUAUGUGCGCCUCAUGAUGCCGGGGUGGAUGUCUGCCGAUCAAAAGGGCAGGGGGUUGUAUGCCGACUAUUUGUUCAAUGCUAUUGCCGGAAACUGGGAGAGGAAGCGACCCGUAUGGGUGAUGCUUAUGGUAAAUUCUCUGACAGAAAGUGAUAUCAAAUCUCGGGGGAUCCCUGUUUUGGAUUUAUACCUUGCGCAGUCGGCGGAACGGAUUGGUAAAGUCACCGGAGCUGUUGAACAUGUUGAAGAACAGUGCGUGCCUCUCAACGAACUUAAUUUCUCCCAGGUUUUGUUUGCGUUGAAUCAGACGCUGUUCCAACAUGAAGCAUAUCGGACCACAAAAGGAUCUGUUCCGUAUACCACAGAAGACCUAAUAGACCAUUAUAACUGUGGAGACUUGAACUCCAUUAUAUUUAACCAUGAUACGGCCCAGGUGCCGAAUCUGGUGAACUCAUCUCUCCCGCCAAGUCAGUUAAAGACAGCCAAACGUAUUGACCAGUAUUUUAGAAGUGAACUUAUUGUGAAACGAAAUCAUAGGAUGUCGCAGCGAGUGAUGACUCUUCUUAAAAAGUAUCCCAAGAAAAGCUUUUUCUUUGCAUUUGGUGCAGGGCAUUUUCUUGGCAACAAUACCAUAAUCAACCAUUUACAAGAAGCAGGAUUUAAUGUAACGCACACUGCCUCGGAUGAAGAAAUACCAGUAUUGCCCGAGUCACAUAAUUCUAAGAAAUCCAAUAAACCUCGGAGAAACUUUUUGGCUGACGUGACCUCCGAGUUCCCCCUCCCCUCGGAUGUGCUCUAUGGAGAUAUCCAGUAUCUUUUCAAGAAAAGGAUCAGACAUGAACAACGGCGCCGCAAGCAACGGCGGAAACAGAUGAAGGCCAGGCAGCGUCAGAAGCAGCUGGAUGCCCUAUGGAGUAGUCUUGAUGUUGACAGUUUGCCCUUUGACCACAGAGGAAAACGAAAAAGAAAGAAAAAUAGUGGUGGCAGAAAAACUUUCAAUGAUCUGUGGGUCCGAAUGGAGGGAGAUGGGCCUGAUUACCUUCAAGAGGCAGAGACUCCUCCAAAACACCGGCAGACUACAUUUCCUCCUGUCAACAAGUAUUCCUUUUACCAAAGUGGAGCUUCAAACCUCCACUCUACAGUCUUGUUACUCUGCUUGGCAAUAAUGAUAUGCUACACCAACAUAUGAUUGGUCAAAAUUAGUCAUGUGAUGACCUUGUGCUGCAGAAAUGGAGAAAAAUGACUCUGAUUGGACAAUAAUACAUGCAGUGAUUGGAGAAGUAUUGUGAUUGGUCAGUUUGGAUCAUGUGAUGAGCUAUGAUUGGUGAGAAGGGAUCAUGUGAACACCAGAUUCUCUGUGAUUGGUUUGGAGAUAUGUAUAUGUGAUAAAGACUUUCUUGUUGUUGAAUUCCAGACUGAUUAAGUCACAGGGAAAGUGGUACGUUAUGUUAUUGUCAUUGUAAUAUAGUUAAACAUAUUAGCUGCCAAAUAUAUUGAGAUAACUUAUUUGAAUUUCAUUGUUUGAUCCACAGUAUCCUAGACGUGUAUGACUCAGAACUAGUUCUCUAUGACAGAUUGUCUAAUAACUUCAAGACAUUUACAAUCCUAUUACCACAGGCUUGCCUAGAAUAAUAUAUGAUCCCUGAAAUAAAGUUUUUUAUGAGAUUGAAUAAAAAUAUUCCUUUAGAGAACCCUGAUGUAGUAAGGAACCCUAAAGUCUGAUGUCUCUGGAGAUGGGAAGAGUACAGGGUGCUGGAACUGGAUGGGAUGAAGAAUGAGAGUAUGAAUGAUUUUUAUCAAGA